AUGGCGCGGGUGACCCUCAAGAUGGACGUGCGCAACGAACGCUCCGCCAAGAAGAUCCGGAAGGGCCUGAUGAAUUACGUCGGUGGCGUGGAGAGGGUGGAGGCGUCUGUGAACUCUGGGUUGGUGGUGGUCUGGGGCUCGGCCGACGCGGAGACGCUCAGGUCGGUGCUCGAGAGCUUGAUGAAAAAGGCCGUCACCAUCGUGCCCGAACCGGAGCAGCCGGCGCCAACUCAAAGCUCUUCUCAUCCUCCGCCGGCAGCGCCGUCCCAGCUGACGCCCGGUCUUCCUCGACAGUACUACCCGCAGCCCAUGUGGCCGCCUCCUCCGCAGUACUACCAGCAGCCGCCGCCUCCACAGUACUACCAGCCGCCGCCGUUUGAUCAUCCACAGUACGCGGCGCCCUCGCUGCCGCCGCACUAUGACUCGUACUCGACGACGGAGGGCGGGUCGUCCGGGUAUCAGUACGGCUACAACCCCUACCCGGCGGGUCCUCACCACGGUGAGGACCAAUCCACCUGCUCCAUCCAGUGA